AUGGCGAAGAUGUGGAUGUUGAGAGGAUCUCGGACACUGCUAGCUCAUGGGAUGAGUGGAAGAAAUCGCCACUUCUUCAAUGCGUGGGAGGAGAUCUUGGACGCGGCUGGCAGCUGGGAGUUGACCGCGGAUGAGAUGAAGGCUGGCUUGGGAUUUGAAGAUCUUCCGCUCGGCCCGCCGAUCCGGCGGCUACACCCAGGGCGACGCCACCUAUCUCUCCCUCGCCCGCGCCUUCUCCGAUGCCGAUAUCCCGGACCUCCCCGCCCUCCGCCGCCUCCUCUCCCGCAUGCCGCCGCGACCCCGCCCCUUCCCCGAGCGCGUCUUCAUUCCCAUCUUCCGAGCCCUCGGCCGCGCGGGCCUCCCCCUCGCCGCCCUCCGCCUCUUCGAUCGCCUCCUCCCUGCCUUCCGCUGCGCCCCCUCCGCGCCGCUCCCUCAACUCCGCCCUCGCCGCCCUCCUGUCCUCCCCACGGCCUCCCGCCUCCCUCGCCCUCCCCUUCAUCUCCUCCGCCCUUCGCCGCCACCCUUCCCUCUCCCCCAACCUCCUCACCUUCAACCUCCUCCUCAAGGCACUCUGCCGUUCCGGCUCCCUCGACUGCGCCCUCAGCCUCCUCCGAGAUCGCCGCCUCGACGCCGGCGAUGGCCUCCGCUUCCCCCUCCUCCUUCGCCCGACGUCUACUCCUACUCCACCCUCAUCGAUGCCUUCGCCCGCGCCGGCCGUCUCGACGACGCCCUCGCCCCUGCUUGACGAAAUGGCAGCUCGACGGCGUGGCCCCUCCACCGUCACCUUCAACUCCCUUCUCCGCGCCCUCUGCCGUACCGGCGACCUCCCCGCGCCGCCAAGUUCGCCCGCUACAUGCUCCUCAAGGACUGCCCCCCCGACCCCUCUCCACCUACAACACCCUCGUCCACGGCCUCUGCCUCCGUGGCCGCCUCGACGACGCCGCCGCCCUCCUCGCCCGCAUGCCUCGCGACGGCUGCAAACCCAAUGAGGUCACCUACGGCACCCUGGUCGACGGCCUCGUCCGCCUCGGCCGCCCCUCCGACGCCAAGCACCUCGUCGAACACAUGGCGGCGAAUGGCCUCCGCCCCAACGAGUUCAUCUACUCCGCCCUCAUCACCGGCUUCUUCCGCUCCGGCGACCCGGACGAGGCGACGAGAAUAUGGGACGAGAUCACCGCCACCACCACCUCCUCCUCCUCCUAUAUAAAGCCCAACACGGUUCUGUACACUGCCCUCAUCGACGGCUCUGCCGCCACGGGCGGAUGGGAGGCCGCGGAGGAGCACUCGGUACGAUGACCGCGGAGGGCUGCACCCCGAAUGUGCUGACCUUCAGCUCCAUCAUAAGGGCUACUUCCAGGCGGGCAACAGCCAACGGGCGCUCGCCACGUGGAAUCGUAUGGUUGCACUCGGGUGCGAGCCCAACGAGGUCAGCUACAGUAUAAUUGAUCCAUGGCUUAUGCGAAGAGG